AUGGGUGAUUAUCUUGAAAAACAGGUUCUUGCGGCUGCUCAAAUUUUAGAACAACAAGUGGAUUCAAAAUUAGAGGAAUUAGACAAUUUAAAAAGUGAUAGUGAUUUUGAAGAAUUGAGAAAAAAACGGCUGUUAAAUUUAAAAAAAAGUCAGGUGCAAAAAGAAGAAUGGCUAAAAUUAGGGCACGGGAAUUACACGGAAAUACACGACGAACCAGAGUUUUUCGACGUAUGCAAAAAGAGUAAAAAUGUUGUCUGUCAUUUUUAUCGACCAACAACUUCUCACUGUCAAAUUGUGGACAAACAUUUAGAAAUACUUUCUUCAAGUCACAUUGAAUGUAAAUUUAUCAAAAUUAAUGCAGAACGUUGCCAUUUCUUAGUUGAGAGAUUGAGAAUAAAAGUUAUUCCUACAAUAUGUUUAAUUAAAGAAACUAAAUCUGUUGACUACAUAGUUGGUUUUGAUGAUUUGGGUGGAAGAACAGAUUUUGCAACAAGUAGACUGGAGUGGAGAAUUGCACAAGCUGGCAUUUUAAAUUAUGCUGGUGAUUUACUGCAUCCUCCAACCGAAGUCCAGACUAAAAAAAAAUCUAAAUUGAAAACAAUUUAUUCUAGUAAAAACGAGGAAGAUUCUGACAGUGAUUGUGAUGAUUAA